AGCGACGAAAUUAGCGAGAAACUAGUCGAUUAGUCGCUCGAAGAAAGUUGGAAGAAAAAUAAGUGUUAUUUGAGUGCAGCUGGAGUAAAAUUUAAAAAAUUUCAGUGCAAUUCCUUCCAGAUUGCACUAUUUUAAUCGAUGCAAACAAAUAAUUCUCCGAGAAAUUGGUAGCAGGCAAAGAACGUUAAAAACAUUUGAAGUGCAACGCUAUAUGUGUGGGCAAUCGUGUCAAUGAAAAUAAAGUCUUUGCGACGGGUAAAGUGCUGGUGCUAGAUUUGAAGGAAGUUACAUAUUUUUAAAAGGCUUUGAAUCGGUAUUUGUCGCUAAAAAAACGUAUAAAGUGAACAAAUAAUACAGAAGUGUUCUUCAUAAGUGCAUCGAAAGAAAGGAUAUAAAACAGACGCAGGCUGGAGUUUCAAGUAUAAUUCAAAGCGCUGUAAUAUAUAAAAAGAGUCAAGGCCAUCCAUUGACUGCAUAAGAUUUCAUCAUUAUGGCGUGGCGCUUCAAAGCAUCGAAAUACAAGAAUGCCGCACCAAUCGUCCCAAAGCCGGAGGCAUGCAUUCGCGACAUUUGUGUCGGCUCCUACCAGACUUUCGGCAAUAAUAUUGUCGCAUCUGCCGCUUUUAUGGCAUUUAAUUGGGAGCAUACGGGUUCGAGUGUUGCAGUUUUACCACUAGACGAUUGUGGGCGCAAGAGUAAAACAAUGCCGUUGUUGCAUGGCCACACAGAUACGGUAACUGAUUUGGAGUUUUCACCAUUUCAUGAUGGUCUCUUGGCAACAGCGUCACAAGAUUGUCUCGUCAAGAUUUGGCACAUACCCGAAAAAGGCCUUGAGGCAUCGCUUUCAGAUCCUGAAUGUGUUUUUUCACAUAAACAGCGCCGUGUAGAGACAGUUGGUUUUCAUCCCACUGCCGAUGGCCUGCUGCACUCCACCGCUGUAGGUUGUGUGACGCUCUUCGAUAUAACAACACAAAAGGAAAUUUUCUCUAACAACGAGCAUCCCGAGGUCAUACAGUCAGUUAGCUGGAAACAGGAUGGCACAACUUUGGCUACAAGUUGUAAAGAUAAAAAUGUGCGCAUAUUGGAUCCCCGCGCUGGUGAUGCGCCAAUUCAAAUGAUUGCUGAAUCACAUCAAAGCAUAAAAGACUCGCGUGUCGUGUGGUUGGGCAACCAAACGCGAAUUCUAACGACUGGGUUUGAUGCGGCCCGUUUACGUCAAGUGAUCAUUCGUGAUUUGCGUAAUUUCGCGGUGCCGGAAAAGACUUUGGAGCUUGACUGCUCGACGGGCAUCCUAAUGCCGCUCUUCGAUCCAGACACAAAUAUGUUAUUCCUUGCAGGAAAAGGAGACACAACCAUCAAUUACUUGGAAGUGAGCGACAAGGAUCCCUAUCUGACGGAAGGUUUGCGUCACACAGGCGAACAAACAAAAGGUGCUUGCUUGGUGCCAAAACGCGCGCUCAAAGUAAUGGAAGGCGAGGUGAAUCGAGUGCUGCAACUAACUUCCAACAUGGUCAUACCCAUUAUGUAUCAGGUGCCACGUAAGACUUAUCGUGACUUCCAUAGCGAUCUGUAUCCCGAAACAACAGGCUAUAAGACCGAAUUAACUGCUAGCGAAUGGCUGCAUGGUACCAACUUGCCGGUACCAAAAAUGAGCUUGGAUCCGGCGAAGCGUGAGUUAGGCGACACACCAAUAAUUGUACAUCGUGGUAAUUUAAAUGAUUUAAUUAAAAAUAUUGAAAAUAAAAAAGUGUCCAACAAAACACCACCCCUAAAAUCGCCAAGUAAUGCAAUGGAAUCUGGUAAUUUGUUGCAACAACGCAACGGCAAUGGCAAAAACCACUUUCAAAUGAAAACAAGCAUAGGAAAUGAAAAAGAUGGCAGCGUCAAGGCGCUUUUGCACGAUCACAGCAUUAGCGAAUCGGAGAAAGUCGAAGAGGUUGGUGGUGCCGGAUUUACUAAAUCUGAACUCAUACGCAAAUUUGACAACAAAUAUAAAACUGAUUCAGAGAAGGAUUUUAAAGAGUUGGAAUUGACACGACGCUUUAGCCGUGAAUCGCCGGCGGAUGAGUCGACAGGCAGCAGCGAAGACGCUACAACCGAUUUGUCAUCGCCACCGCAACAACAACAGCGUGAGCGUGAAGGCAGCAGCGGUAGCGUUGGCAGCGGUGUGACCUCACCGCCCAGACCAAUGCCUCGCACAUCCCGAAAUAAUUCAUUGGGGGAUGCGGCUACCACAGGUGCGUUUGCAAGUGGUGCUGGUGGCGAUGAGGUCAUGCCACGUCCACGCCCGCGCACUACCGCGGCGUCCGCUUACAAGCCACGCCUUGGACCAAAACCAUUCUCAAGCAAUUCGGGCGAUGUUUCGUUCGACAAAGUCUUCGCUGUGCCAGUAGCGCCAGGAUCACAAGAAAAUAUACAUCACAUUUCAACCGCAGGUGCAGCUGAUAAUGGAGGAGACACUUUCGUGGCGCCAGCACCAGUUGCGCCAGCGGCUACUCCAACACAAAACAAACCAGAUUUGAUUGUGGAAAUUGAAAUUAAAAAACCCAAUGCUGAUAAUGCCAACGAGAGCAAUAUACAAAAAACUCUAUCGACCUCCGAACGUCGGAAGUCCUCGGCUGAUGCUGAUGAAUCGCCCGAUAAGAUUUUCGAGCAAACUCAUUCAGAAUCCUCGGAGAAUUCUACUGAAGGUGAUGAUAAACCUGAUACGGAAUUGCGUCGUUUCUCGGCUGCCAGGAGCAGCAUUGCCGAAAGAAGGCGUUUAUAUGAGAAUCGAUCAAAGAGCACAGUGGAGGAGAAAUCGCAAUCGCCAGUGCCUUUGCGACGUGAGCUUUCUAAGGGAGAACCCUUUAAACCCCAACAACAGCAACCCUCUUUAACUGCUCCUGUCACCGAAAUUAAACGUAUUUCUGCGCCUGAAGGCAAACUUUUAGAGGAACGUCGUCGCAAUGUCACAUCCGUUGUUGAUGGUGGCGCUGCAAUAAAGAAGUCGUCAACUGAAGCAGCCAUUACUACCACACACAAGCGCACGUCGACCGUUUUCGGUAAAGUCUCGAAAUUCCGCCAUCUAAAAGGCACACCUGGCCACAAAUCUACACACAUUGAAAAUUUGCGCAAUCUCAGCCGCCAGAUUCCGGGUGAAUGCAACGGUUUCCAUGCCAAUCACGAACGAGUUGCUGUACCGUUAUCGGGUCCUGGUGGUAAAAUUGCCAUAUUCGAGCUAAGUCGUCCAGGUCGUUUGCCUGACGGUGUAAUACCAUCUUUGGUGAAUGGCAGCAACAUUAUGGACUUUCAGUGGGAUCCUUUUGAUUCGUCACGCUUGGCUGUUGCUUGUGAUGAUGGCAUCGUUAAGUUGUGGCGCAUUCCGGAAGGUGGUCUCAAUGAACCAACAAAUACACCGGAGCGUGAGCUAAUUGCACAUUUGGACAAAAUCUACUUUAUACGGUUUCAUCCAUUGGCUGAAGACGUUUUGUUGACGGCUAGCUAUGAUAUGACUGUAAAAUUGUGGGAUUUGCGUACUUUGGAGGAGAAAAUUUUACUAACGGGCCAUACAGAUCAGAUAUUCGAUUUAGCUUGGAGCCCUUGUGGCAAGUUGGCAGCAACCGUGUGUAAAGAUGGUAAGUUGCGUGUCUAUAAUCCACGCAAGUCGGAGACUCCAAUUCGCGAAGGUAAUGGGCCGGUAGGUACGCGCGGUGCGCGUAUCACCUGGGCGCUGGACGGUCAGUACAUCGUUUGCACUGGAUUUGAUAAAGUGUCUGAGCGUCAAAUAAGCGUAUACAAUGCACAAAAACUGAAUGCGCCAUUGAAUACAGCUAGUCUCGACGUCUCGCCAUCUAUACUGAUACCCUAUUAUGAUGAGGACAGUUCGACUUUGUUUGUGACGGGCAAGGGUGACUCCACCAUUUACUGCUAUGAGAUAACGGAUGAGGAGCCAUACGUUUGUCCUUUAUCGCAUCAUCGCUGCACAUCAUUACACCAAGGAUUGAGUUUUCUCACCAAAAAUUACUGCGACGUAGCGAGUGUUGAGUUCUCGAAAGCGUACCGAUUGACAAAUACAACUAUCGAGCCGUUGAGCUUCACUGUGCCACGUAUUAAGAAUGAAUUAUUCCAAGAUGAUCUCUUUCCACCAACUCGAGUCACCUGGAAGCCCACAAUGUCGGCGGAUGAAUGGUUUGCAUGCAAUGAUAGGAAACCGACAAAGUUGAGUUUGCAACCUAACGGCAUGGAAGCUUUAUCCUCCAUUCAACAAGUGGCAACCGCCAAGAAGAUUGAGCAUGCGGGAAAUGGCAACAGUACUGCGAUGACAAGAGCAGAAUUUGAGAAAAACAAGCAACAAGAGAUUCAGAAGUCAGUGAGUGCCCGCCUGGAAUACAAUACCAAACUAGAGCAAGACGACAUGGAAGGCGUGGAUGAAAAUGAGUGGCAAGAAGAUUAAACAUCUUUUUCAACAAAAAUCAUACCAGGUAGUAAUAAGAAAAGGCCACGGUGCUGAACGCUAAGUACGUUCAUGGCUAAAGGGUUUGUAUGGAAGAGGAGGAUGCAGUCAGCAGUUUAGCCCUGGCGUUUAGCAGUAUGUUACGUUAAGUUAAUAUGGGCGUGCGUGUGUAUAAGAACAGACAGACAUUUGAUAAGUUUUACAUGCAUGCAUAUACAUACAUACAUGCAUACAAGAAUAUUUUUGCUACAAUUAGAAGUUACAUGCAUUUUCACGUUUGCAGACAUUCUCAAUUCUCAUGAAACAUUCUCAAAGCGUAAAGAUAUAUAAUAUUUACCAAUAACAACAACAGUUUAACAUUCAUAAAUUUUAAGUUUGAUGAUAAACCUCAAAAGGGUACCCAAAAACAAUGCACGAAAUGACAACUAGGACAGCAAUAGCAAAUAUUGAGUUAAAUUAAAAAAUAAGUAACAUUUCCAGGGACAAAAUUCUUUAGAAAUAUUUAUAUAAAGGUAUGUAACAUGAAGACUGCAUAUAAAUGUAUUUUAGUUAGUUUGAAAAUAUUUAUGUGACCCAAGAACUUUUCUUUUUUACCUACAUUUAUACCUAAUGUAACUUCAUUAUUUUUAAUCAAUACUCAAGAUUUGCCAAAAAGAAAUAAAAGAAACCAACCGUGCAUGUGUACAUUUUCGCAUUCCACAUAUGAAGCAAAAAAGAAAAAUUAUACACGAAAAUGUAUAUUUAUUUCGAAAUGAUUUGUAUUCGGGCUGUUUACGAAAGAAUAUGGUUAUAAUUAUAAUAAUUGGUUUAUACGAUUUGACGUAACGUUGAAAAUGAUAUUUUGACAUGUAAACAAAGGAAACGCGUUAGUUACACUGUUGCCAUAUGAAAUGCAAAUUCCUCUUGGUUAUUUACAAAUAUUUAACUGCAUUAUAUUUAAAUUUAUAUUUAUAUACAAGUAUAUAUGUGUAUGUGUAGUAGUUUAUAAAGCGCGCAUGUAUUUUGCAAUAUAUACAUAUAUAUAUAUAUAUUAUAUAUAUGCAUACAUACACAAUACAUUUAAUUAAGACAUACAAAUUUAUGUAAUGUAUUUUAUUAUAACUGAUAACUGAUACACUAAUGAAAUGAUGAUUAUUACGAUAAUGACAAAGCUGAUGUGACAACUUUUUCUCUUUAACAUAUUUAUGAUUAUCUGUAUAUUUUAACCUUAUAAUGAGAUAAACUUACAAAAAAAAAAAAAAAACAGAAAACAGUUUAUAUAGAACAAUGGAAACUUAUGCUCUCUAGUCUUCGUAUGAAGAAUUUUUUGAAAUUUAAAAACAUUCUCCGGCACUACUCACACACACUACCUUCAAGCAAUCAAGCGAUAAAUCAGGACAACAAUGUUUUCAGCAGCAACAUUAAUUGUUUGCAAUAAGCUAUGCGUAUUUCGCCAUAGAUGAGAGGGUAUAUGAAAAUUAAAUUACGAUUUACGGUAUGGAUAAAGAAAUUGUGGCAGCUAUUUGCUGUUUUCGAACAACAAUUGUUAGUGUGGUUUUUUGUUCGUUUCUUUCUGGUUUUUUGUUAUUCUUAUUUGGUAUCUUGCAUAUUUGACUUUUACAAAGGAAACUUUUAAUUUGAUAUUUUUCUACAAAUCCCCUAUUAUUAUCUAUUACAUUGGGGAAUAAGUUCGUAGCGUUUUUACCGAAGACUUUUAUUUACAUUAAAAACAGUAAUUAUAUAUAUAUAUAUGUAUAUAUUAAUAAACAAUAAGUUAAUCAAUUAUAUGUAUAUUCGCCGUUGCUGUUUACAAUCUCUUCCCACCUGAUCUCGACCAAUUUGUUGAUGCCGUUCCGCCAAAAAUCGCCUGAUCUCGGGUCAAAGAAGUUGUUGAGCAAGUUUUUAAGGACCUCUUUGUAAUCGUUUGGUUUGGCAGGGAGCGGCAAAGACGGCAAUCGGUUCGUGCAAGGUUCAGAGAAUACGGCUGAAGGACCUUCCAUUCGAGCUCUUGCAGUGCGGUAUUGACGACUUGUGCAAUAGGGGGCCUAGCGUUGUCGUGAAGGAGUAUGGUUUGACCAUGUCGAUUAGGGGUUUUCAGUCGUAUAGCCUCAUUCACGCGGUGUAGCUGGGUAAUGUAGAGCUCCUUGUUGACCGUGACAUUGUUUUCGAGCAUUUCCAGGGUGCACCAUGCACGCCCAGUCCCACCAAACACAUUUCAUGAUUUUCUUUGGAUGAAUAUCCGGCUUGACUUUCAGAUUUGGCGUAUCUUCCGGGAGCUACCCACUCCUUUCUUUGCUUCAUAUUGAUGACCAGACACCAUUUCUCAUCUCCCGUGAUGAUUCGGUACAAAAAGCGCUGUUUAUGACGGCGGUCGAGAUGCUGAGAAGCAAUUUGAAGGUGACUUUCUGCGUUUUUUUUUUCGUUGAGCUCGUUAGGCACCCAGGCUCUCAAUUUUUUGGUAAAUCCCAUUGAAUGAAGGUGAUUGAGAAUCAUUUUAUUAUCGCAGCUAUUUUUUUCCGCCAAUUCACGACUAGCUUGGCAACCGUUUUCCUUCAAAAGUGAUUUGAGACGUUCUUCAUCGAAUUCAAAAGGCCUUCCACUGCGGGACGUGUUCUCGACGUCAAAGUCGCCAUUUUUGAACUUUGCAAACCAUUUUAGUGGUGUAGACUCGCCUAUGACGAUAUCGAUGAAAAGCAAAGAAGAGCAGGUGUCGAAAAUGUUGAUUUUUGCUGCCUGGGUAUUCCAUUUCUAAGUCUCAAAUCUAAUAAAAAAAAUUAAAUAAAUAACUCAAAAAUACAAUUAACAAAGUUUUGUAGCGCAGAAAGAGUUCUUUGAAUAAAUACUUACCCUUUGCCAAACAGAAAACAAAUCCUUGUAAAAUAAAAGAAAAUAUAAAAGCGCUAUGAACUUAUUGCCCAACCCAAUAUUAUCCUACACGCAUUGGCGGUUAUAUCACAGAAUUUUCAUUAAAAAGUUUGGUAGAAGAUAUACAGCGACCGCCGCAUUUCCGUGCAUGACACAGGAAAAUAAUAGAAACAGUUUUUUCUAAUAGCGGUCGCCCCACGGCAGGCAAUGGCAAGCCUCCGAUUGUAUUCUGCCACGCAAAAGCUCGUCAUAAAAACCAUUUGCCUUUGGUAUGUGCAUAAAUAUGUUUUAAGCCCGAACCACUUCACCAACCUUAACUUAUUUUAUACAAUGCAGUAAUUAAACAACAAACCAUAACUAAAAAAAAGCGGUAUUGCAUUAUUUACUCUGCUUCCGCAAAAACAUUUUCCAAAACCUUUCCUUUAAUAUAUAGCGGAAUUCGUUAGACGCCAUUGUUUUUCAAUUUAAUGUUGCUGUUGAAGAAAAAAAAUUAUGAAAAUAUUUAUAUUGUAUGAUAAUACAAAUCGCUGCAAUAACGAAAAGACUUCAAUAAAAUAUUGCCAUAAUGUUUACACAAAAUUUUAUACCAGAAAAGAAAAAAAUGAUUUAAAAUAGUAUUUUGAAAAAAUCUAACAAAAAUAUUUACACUAAUUGAAAACUCAGAAAACUCGAAAAAAGGUUGCAUGAAAAAUAUGAAAUAAAUAAAACGCAAUUAGGAUGCAUUGUAGCAUGCAAAACGACACAUAAAUACAUACUUACACACAUUAUAGCUACAACUCAGGCCCACAAUUUGGUGCUGCUCGUACACAAUAUCUUAAAAAUAAGUAUGAAUAAUACAUCACUAAAUAAUAAAUCACAACAACAACAACAAUAUUACACCAACAUGCAACGCAUGAUAUCAAUAACACUUGUAAGGCAACGUACAUAUGUACAUACAUACAUAUGUAUGCAAAGAUAAUCUAAAUUAAUAUAACACCAGUAGUUUUAGUGCAAAGAAAAAACAAAAAACAAAAAACAAUCCUCAUAAGAAGCGCCCCCCAUAACUCAAAGUCUCGUAAUCAUAAAUAACACAAUUUGACUGAAGUGUCGUAGAGGUGGACACAGACUCGAAAAAUUUAUUGAAAUAAUUGGUAUUUCUGAAAAUUAAAAACUACUACAAUCAGUUCUAAAUACCAUUGUUUUUGUUAUUUACUUAUUUUGAUAAUUUAAAAAAAAA